GCUCCACCAGUCCCGGCCGUGGCUGUCAAUCACCGGGUCCCCGCCGGUGAUUACUCAUUAGUGCCCGGUGAUUGCCGAGGACCUCCAGUGGGAAGGAGAACUGUUAGUAAACAAAACAGUUCUCCUCCCUGUCAACUCCUGCACACUGCUUUGCAUGGCUGUGCACGGCACAGCCAAUGAAGCACAAACACAGAACAUCAUGUAAAAUGGCACACAACACACGGUUAACCCUUUGAUUGCCCCAGAUGUUACCCCUUCCUGUGCAAUGCCAUUAGUACAGUGUCAGUGUUUUUUAUUAGCACUGAUCACUGUAUUGGUGUAACUGGGGAUGUCAGUGACACCAAGUCAGUUCCCCCCAGUGUCAGAAUGUCCGCUGCAGUCCCGCUAUAAGUCGCUGA